AUGGCUAGUGAAAACGAUGAUUCACUUCAAGUCUUCCCACCCAAACGAUCUCCAACAGCUGCAGUUGUUUCAUCCUAUCGCGAAUCUUUCGCCAGUCCUACAAUGUCGCUUACUGCAGAGCAAUUUCAGAAGCUUUGUUCUACCCAUCAGCGUGAUGUCUUGUCCAUGAUUUCCCAUUCUUCAGGUUUGCCUUCCUCAUCUUCUUCAGGUAUAUCCCCAUCCACUUGGGUCUUUGACUCAGGCGCUACACAUCAUAUGACUAGUGAUUUGUCAUUGUUUACUUCAUUGUCUUCUUUGUCUACGUCGAUUUCUGUUUUGACUGCCAAUGGCACUUCUAUGUCAUUGGCUGGUAUCGGCUCUAUCACAACUUCUGGCCUAUGUCUAUCUAAUGAUCCUCACUUCAAGAAGCUGAUUGUGACAGGCCGUAGAAAGGGAGGAUUAUAUGUGUUGGAGAAGCUCCAGAUUCUUGCCUUGGUGGCUUCGUCUAUUGAUUUGUCGUCUUUUUGUCUGAGUCCUAAAUCGUCUAAUUUUUACCUUUGGCAUUCUCGUCUUGGUCAUGUCUCUGGUUCUCGUUUGAAAUAUUUAGUUUCUACAGGAGCUUUAGGCAAUUUCAAUUGUCAUGACAUUUCAGAUUGUAGUGGAUGUAAACUUGCCAAAUUUUCUGCAUUACCUUCUACUAGAAGUUCCUCUAUUUCUUUAGCACCAUUUGAUUUAAUUCACUCUGAUGUCUGGGGCCCAACUCCUAUUUCUAGUAAAGGGGGCGCUAGAUAUUAUGUUUCAUUUAUUGAUGACUACUCUCGUUAUUGUUGGAUUUACCUUAUGAAACGCCGGUAUGAUUUCUUUACUAACUUUCAAAAUUUUCGCGCCCUUGUUCAUACACAAUUUUCUAUUGUCAUUAAAUGUUUUCGGUGUGACUUGAGUGGUGAAUAUACCUCUCGUGCUUUCACUGACUUGCUUGCCUCAGAUGGUACCACACACCAAUUCUCUUGCACUGCCACUCCUAAACAAAAUGGUGUUGCCGAAAGAAAACAUCAACAUAUUGUUGAAACUGCCAGGUCUAUGUUGCUUUCUGCUGAUGUCCCAAAAUUUUUUUGGGGCAAAGUAGUUCUGACUGAAAAUCAUGUGAUUAAUCGUAUUCCCACAUCUCUCACCUCUGGCAUAUCUCCGUUUGAAAGAUUGUAUGGUAACCGUCCUGAUUAUUUCUCAUUGAAAGUGUUUGGUUGUACUUGUUUUGUUAUUCGUCCUCCUGUCGAACAGACAAAAUUAUCUGCUCGUUCUGCUAUGUGUGUUUUUCUUGGUUAUGGUGAAGGACAAAAAGGUUAUCGUUGUUAUGAUCCUAGUGCACAAAAAUUGUAUGUCUCUCGUCAUGUGGUUUUUCCUGAGCAUAUUCCUUUUUUCUCCAUUCCUACUAGUUCUCAUACUUUAUCGAAUUCUGAGCUCAUGUAUAUCGAUCCUUUUUCACCUACUAAUGAUGAUUUCUCUUCUUCUGACAAUGUUAACAUUUCUCCUGUUUCUAGUUCCCCUUCUAAUCCUUGUGUUACUUCUCCUCCUAUUACUCAAGUGUAUUCUCGCAGGAAACAAGUCAUCAGUUCUGACACUAAUAAUCCUUCUUCUCCUUUGGCGCCUGCUUCAACUUCUGUGGAUGUGGAUCCCAUAGCACCUCGUUAUCCUUCGCGCACUCAUAAGCCCCCUAAUCGGUUUGGUUAUUCUUAUAAUGAUUUUAGUUAUUCUUGUUAUUCUCAUGAUUUCUCUUCUUUCUUAUCCUCUAUACAUACUCUCUCUGAACCCACCUCCUACAAGGAGGCUAUAUGUAAUCCUCUUUGGCAACAGGCUAUGAAUGAAGAACUUUCUGCUCUACAUAAAACUGGCACAUGGGAUUUGGUUCCUCUUCCUCCCAGUAAACAUGCAGUUGGAUGUCGAUGGGAAUAUGGCCUUGAUUAUGAAGAGACCUUUGCUCCAGUGGCCAAGAUGACUUCUGCUCGUACCUUACUUGCUGUUGCAUCAGUUCAUCAAUGGAUUUUAUCACAAAUGGAUGUUAAAAAUGCCUUUUUGAAUGGGGAUCUUUUCGAAGAGGUGUAUAUGGUUCCCCCUCCAGGUGUUCUUCAUAAUCCCGAGGAGGUGUGUCGUUUACGGAAAGCUUUGUAUGGUCUUAAACAAGCUCCUCGUGCUUGGUUUGAGAAAUUCUCUGCUGUUAUUAGUUCUCUUGGUUUUCAAUCAAGUGCUCAUGAUCCUGGCUUGUUUGUUCGUUCUACCUCUGUUGGUCGUAUCCUUAUGCUCCUUUAUGUUGAUGACAUGAUUCUUACGGGUGAUGAUUUGGAUGGUAUCACCCAAUUAAAAUUGGCUUUACAUGAUCGAUUUGAAAUGAAGGAUUUAGGUCCCUUACGUUAUUUCCUUGGCAUUGAAGUUGCAUAA